AUGGCUCGCAAAGGAAGCCAGCAGAAGAAUGGAAUUGAUCACCAAACCAAGCAAAGAAAGAAAACUUCUGAUUCUCUGCUCUCUUCAAAGGCACAAGGGAAAGCUAGUGACGCUGCGACUGUCCUGAAAGAGACCUGCCAAGAUAAUAAACCUACAAGAAGCAGUCCAGCUUCCGAAACUUUAGAUAGAGACAUGGAUGCAGCGAAAGCCUCUGCUUCAGAGACUGAUUUAGCUGGAGAUAGACCUCAUAAUGAACCUGGUUUUAGCACAGAAGAGAGUAGGUAUAUUCCGUUUAGUCGUGAACACAUCAACGGUGUUAUGAGAAGCUUGCUGGAGAUUUUGAGCACAAACAGCCCUUCAGAGAAUAUUGGGCUAGCGUACAAUGCAGCACUCAGGAAACUGAGGAUACUCACUGCUACCAUAUCAAGGGAAGCGAGUCCGUGGAUGGAAAGACACAGGCCUUUGAUGGUUUCUCUCAGAUCACGAGUGUAUAAAGCUCGUGAUGUUGUUUUCAAGAAAAUUCGGCAAGUGUACCCGGUUGUCUUGAGAUGGCUUAUGCACUUUGGCAGCAUCGUUCUUCUUCUGUCUCUGGUUUGGUUGGACUGUGCAAUCCGAGGUUUUGAUUCUUUCAUCCGGAUGGGAACAGCGUCCUUUUUCUCAAUCAUGUGGUGUGGUCUCUUCUCAGCGUUUUCCAUGAUCGGCGUGACCAAAUUUCUAGUGUUGUCGGUUGUUACUGUUCUGGUGUCGUUGUUCAUUGGAUUCGUUGUUGGAGCUAUUACCCUCGCCAUUUCUGGUUUGGUUUUGCUAUGGCUCUAUGGUAGCUUUUGGACAACACUGCUCUUCCUCUUUGUAGGAGGUCUGGCAUUCAUGCUGAAGCACGAGCGCGUUGCACUGCUUAUCGUCACAGUGUAUUCAGUCUAUAGUGCAUUGAGUUAUGUUGGAUGGCUAGGUCUUCUUUUGGCUUUUAAUCUUGCUUUCAUCUCAACCGAUGCUCUCAUAUAUUUCUUCAAGAACAAAUUAAGCCAGGAGGGCUCAGCUGAAAUACCCACCGAUCCCUUAAAUGGUCCAUCUUUCGAAAACGGCCCUGGCUUUCCGGGAGACCGUGGUCCAGGAGUGACGUCAACUAGCGGAACCGACUCUGAGUUAACAUCUGAAGAUGAAGUUUCUCGGUUACUUAAUUGUGCUGACCACUACUCAGCUUUGGGGUUACCUCGGUAUGGGAAUGUUGACAUGGCUUAUCUCAAGCGAGAAUAUAGGAAAAAGGCGAUGUUGGUCCAUCCUGAUAAGAAUAUGGGGAAUGAGAGAGCAGCUGAAGCUUUUAAGAAACUUCAGAAUGCAUAUGAGGUAUUGCUUGAUUCUGUAAAACAGAAAUCAUAUGACGAUGAAUUGAAGAAGGAAGAGCUACUGAACUACUUCCGGAGGUUUCAGAGCUCUUCUCAAAAGGAGGCUCGGGGACACUGUUUCUCUGGCUCGGGUUUUGGAAGCUCAGAAGGGGAAGGAGAGGAAGCCUUAAGAGAGUGUAGACAAAUAGCGUGUAAAAAAUGCGGAAAUCUCCAUGGCUGGUUUCUAACAAAGAAAUCAAAAUCUAGAGCAAGAUGGUGCCAGGAUUGCAAGGACUUUCAUCAGGCAAAAGAUGGAGAUGGUUGGGUUGAACAAUCUUCACAGCACGUCUUGUUUGGGCUGUUUCAAAAGGUUGAUAUGCCGCGUGCUUACGUUUGUGCAGACAGCAAAGUGUACGAAGCUUCUCAGUGGUAUAUCUGUCAGGGAAUGAGAUGUCCAGCGAACACACACAAGCCGAGCUUCCAUGUGAACACGAACGUGACAGGUGCAAAACGAGGAGCAAGUGGUUCGUCAGGGCAAAAAGCAAACCAGAAGAUGCCAAAUGCAAACUUGGAUGAAACAAUGACAGAGGAAGAGUUCUACGAGUGGUUGCAGAACGCCGCGCAAGCCGGUAUGUUUGAUAAUGCCAGCGAGAGCCCUUCUUCAGCAACUGCCACUAGCACAAGUAGUAGUAGCAGCAGCAAGAAGAAGAAAAAGGGAAAGAAGCAAUGGUGA